GCAUGAGCUCAGCUAAAGCAUAAGAUCAGAAACUAAAUAUAGGAGAUGGAGAACUCUUAUGGGUAUCCAAGAAAAGCAAAGAAUGAUGUUUCUCUUCAAGAACUCAGAGAUAGGCUUGCUGAGUUUGCUCAAGUAAGAGGAUGGGAUCAGUAUCACAGUCCUAGAAAUCUCCUUUUAGCACUUGUGGGAGAGGUGGGAGAGCUGUCUGAAAUAUUCCAAUGGAAGGGAGAAGUAGCAAGAGGACUACCAAACUGGAGUCCCGAUGACAAGGAGCAUUUAGAAGAAGAGCUCUCGGAUGUUCUGCUCUAUCUAAUACGUCUUGCUGAUGUUUGUGGGCUUGAUCUUGGCCAAGCAGCACUGACAAAAAUAGUCAAGAAUGCUAGAAAGUACCCAAUUGUUAACCAAACAGCAACUUAAUUACAUAUAUAUUGCUGUACCUCCAACCCCUAGCGAGCUAGCUAGCUUAUAAUAAUUCCAUCCGCCCUUGUGGUUUUUCUAUAUAUAUAUAUAUAUAUAUAUCAUGAAAACUCGUUUCCAGAGUACU